UUUCCUGGUCUCAGGUUCUGGAUUCCCUUCAGUACUUCCUCAACAGAUGGCACCUCAGCCGUCCACUCGCAGCGGGUGAUUUCUUCUUCCAAUAUUUGUGGCACCGCAGACUCAGCAGGGCCAUCGAAGUUGGCCCUCUCCCCCCCAUGGCACUGCCCACCAAAGCGUUGCCGUCCGGCAUCAACGAGGAGGUAGGGGUGGUUUUUGCCGGCAAAUACGCUUUCACACGCAACAUCCACACACGUCGGCUGGCGAAUCUAAAAAAUAAAAAAAAAUUAACGGCGCAAAAAACAAACAAACGAUGCUUCAGUGGUCUGAUUACGCAAAAACCUACGGAAAUAAAACUGCUGAGAGGUGGAUGUGGGGUGGGGUGUGUGAGAGACAGCGCGCGGCGCGUGUGUCAAAUGCGCGCCACUCACAUCACACCGCAGACCCGAGAGUGAGGAUGGGGGAUGAAACAACACCGAGGGAAGAGUGGGACGAAGCAACCAUCGGUGCGCUGGGACAAGAAUGGGCUCGCUGAACGCCUUCCAGAUCGCGCUGCUGUGCGUGCUCCUCGCCCACAAGACGGUGGAGGCGCAGGGCGGCCUGCGCACCGUGACCGCGCGGGUCUUCCUGGACGUGUCCGUGGGCGGGGAGCCGGCGGGCCGUGUGGUUCUGGGCCUCUACGGUCACACCGUGCCCCGUACGGUCGAGAACUUCGUGGCGCUCGCCGAUCCGACUCGUGGGCCCCGGCGUGGCUACAAAGGCUCGCGGCUCCACCGCAUCAUCAAGGGCUUUGCCAUCCAGGGCGGCGACUUCGAAAACGGCGACGGCUCGGCGGGUUUCAGCAUCUACGGGAAACACUUUGACGACGAAAACUUCCGAGUGAAGCAUUCGCCGUUCUGCAUCGGCAUGGCCAACAGCGGAGAGAACAGCAACGGCAGCCAGUUCUACAUCACGACGGCGCCCACCGCGUGGCUCAAUUAUCGUCACGUGGUGUUCGGCCGCGUGCUCACGGGCAGGCACGUGGUGCGCGUCAUCGAGGCAGUCCCCACGGAUGAGAACGACGUCCCUGUCAAGGAGGUGGUCAUCGUCAACUGCGGAAUCGAGGAAUCCACUGCGGAGGAUCCGGAGACGGAGGGAGCUCAAGACCUUUGAUUCCAGCAGCGGUCCGCCCCGGUUGCCCGGCUAGAGUUGCCACUCGUCCCGGGGGAGGAGGACGCUGAACUCGAACCAAAAAAACACGCUACCGCUAAUGGCUAUGUAGGGCAAGGGGGUUGGGGGGGGUAUUAAAAUGUAAACACGGAACGGUGCGCGAGUGUGCGCGUGCGUGCGUGCGAUGGCAUCUCCACACGGCCAUAGGCGCGUUUAAACAAUCAUCGGGCGCGUGCAGCGUGCAGCGCGAGUUAAUUUGUAUUUGAGUGGGGAGGGCUUGAGGACCGGAGUUGUUUGGGAAACGCUGCGUUAUGUUGUAGCGGACAAGUCUGGUCCCUCUCUCUCCCUCUCUCGUCGACAAAGACAAAGAUCCCCCGUGUAGCCUGCAACGGAAUGUCGGGGCAAGUGCUGUUAGGGAGUAGUAGCGCCUAUGAAGGACGGCAAUGUGGCACACGAGUGAGUGGGUGGCCAGCACCACUCCCGGCCGCCUUUGUCUCCCGAGUGGCGAUGUUUACUGCACACCACCAUGUACUAAUCUGAGGAUCGUCCAUCGGCAGUCUAUUAUCACAAUACAGUCGAGUAUUAAUUAAUAUUCAUCCUCUGUCCCGUGUUUAACAACAACAAAAAACACGCUCAGAUCCUGCUAUUAAUUGCAAUAUCGUCUGGAUUUAAGAAGAAGAAUAAAAAAAACAGCUGUAAUAUACUCUUUGGUUCUUUCGGUAAAGUGACGUGGGUAUAAAAUAAAAUAAAUUAAAUCACGACGUUUCGGGCGCAACACAAGCGUCCGUCAUCAGGUGGGACAACCACAGCAAAAAACAACUGCUCACCCACUUCAACUGCUCACCCACUUUCAGCAAUUGCGUUCUUGCCGUGGUUGUCCCACCUGAUGACGGACGCUUGUGUUGAGCCCGAAACGUCGUGAUUUUAUUUAUUUUAUUUUAUUUUCUACCUCCGUGACUUUACCGAAAGAACCAAAGAGUAUGGAUCCCUGCAGUCACGAAAACUUCCAAUCUAGAUGCAGCUGUAAUAUGUGAAAUGCUAAUGCCACGAAGGCGAACGCUAAGGAAUGUGUGCCGCGUGCCUGAGUGAUGCUAAUGGCUUUGCCAGCCCUUUGGCUCUGAACAAAAAAAAAAGGCGAAUAAAUAACGGGACGAAAAUACGCAAGAGGUCGUUUAUUGCCGGAGGCGUAAAAAAACGCGCUUCAAAUAUUUCCCUAUUCAUCCGGAUUGUGGAACGCUCCGCAAAAUCGUAAGUCACGACCCAAAAUGCGUGGCCCGAUGUCAAUAAAGGAAUACGUCAAUCGGGGCGUCGGUGAAUCACAAAGACAACGACACCCCGUCUCGCCUGUGUCACACUGCUGGGGCAAGUGCCGUUCACGAGCACUUAUGAAGGCCGGCGCGGCACACGAGGCCGCCUUUGUCUCCCCAGUGGCGACGAUUUUUACACAC